CCCCAUUUCAGUUCCAUUGUUCACCUAAAACCCCAAUCCUUAAACCCUAAAAAGAAAAUUUAGAUUCUCAACCUUAAAUGGCUCGAUUAAUUCGAACUGCUCAAAGUGCGCUGCGAUUGUCUUCUUCCUGUUCAUGCAAAACCUUAAUCAAUGUCAUUCAACGCCACCCAAAUCCUUCGCUGCAAGUGCAGAAAGCAAUCUCAACCUCUCUCUUCCAAAACAGACCUUACGCUUCUGAGACGCUUCCCAAGUCGCCCAUGGAAGCUAACAUCCUUAGAAUCCUCAGAAACGAGGAGGAGUACCAGUCCGAGUAUGCUCCUCCUGAACAGCCUCCUACAAAAUUCAAUUCGUUUACGCUGCAAGAUCGGCCAGGUGAGCUGUGGAUGACAAUGAGAGGAAAAUUUGGAGACACUGAGGAUAUUAAAAUUGAAGUUACUAUGUUUGAUGGGUAUGAAAUGGUUCCCAAGACUGGAGAUGACAGUUCAGGGGAAGACGUGCGUCUUCACCUCAGUAUGCUUGUUGAUAUUUCCAGGGGGGAUGGCUCCAAUGAUUUGGAGUUUAUGUGCUCGGCCUGGCCGGACCGUCUAGAGGUUCAGAAAGUUUAUGUUCUUGAUCGUUAUAGAAUGCCGGCUAAGCCAUAUAUGGGACCUGAUUUCAGGAGUUUGAAGAGAACGAUUCAAAAGAGGUUUAUUGAGUAUUUGGAAGCAAGGGGAGUGAAUGAUGAGCUUUCUGUUUUCCUGCAUCAAUAUAUGGCGAACAAGGACAGAAUAGAACUUAUCAAAUGGUUGGGAAAGGUCAAGUCCUUUCUGGAAAAAUAGAACGGUACACAUGUCUAAUACCUCUUCCCUCGAUUUAGAUUUGUGGUGAUUCAUUUGUUCUUCUUCCCUGAAAAAAUUUGUCAUUGAUUGGAAAGAAGGUUCUGCCUAAGUUAUGCUUUAUAUUAUAUGUAAGCAUGCCUUCAAAAUCAUAGGUUUACAAUGUAAUAUUUAUUCAGGUCAGCAACUCUGUCUGUCUUAUAGCUUUAAGAUGCUUCUGAUUGUAUGAAUUACUCCAAGCAAAGUGAUGGGAAAUUAGGAUUUGUGAUGGUAUGCAGAUUUAUGCA